AUGACAACCCACAAAGUCAACGUCAAGUGGGGCAAGCAAAAGUUUUCCGAUGUUGAGCUCGAUGCCAACGAGAGCCCCGAAGUCUUCAAAGCACAGCUUUUUGCACUCUCGGGUGUGGACGUGGCCCGCCAAAAGCUCAUGCUCAAGGGCCGCGUCAUCAAAGACUCUUGGGAUGGCAUCAAACUCAAGGAUGGCAUGUCCUUCCUCCUCAUGGGUACGCAAGAGGACGCCGUACCGGAUGGUCCUGCCGAGAAGAUGGUUUUUGUCGAGGACCUCACCGAAGACCAGCUUGUUUCCGUGAGCAAGCUUCCUGCCGGUCUCGUCAACCUCGGCAACACUUGCUACAUGAAUGCAACCUUGCAGUGCUUGCUCAGUGCCCCCGCUCUCCGCAAAGCCAUUGACAGGUGUGUGUGUGUGUGUGUGUGUGUGUGUGUGUGGUGUGUGUGUGUGUGUGUGUGUGUGUGUGUGUGUGUGUGUGUGUGUGUGUGUGUGUGUGUGUGUGUGUGUGUGUGUGUGUGUGUGUGUGUGUGUGUGUGUGUGUGUGUGUGUGUGUGUGUGUGUGUGUCUGAGUCGCUUCUUCACAACCCCGCAACGCGUGCCCAUGGCGUCGAGUGCCCCUCUCUAAAUUGCCAGCUGAGUAAGGCCUUGAGCGACAAGAGCAACAACAGUGCCCUUCAGGUUGCCGUUAUGCUGUUUCUUCAGGAUGGCGCCUCAGUUGUGCAACGUUAUUUUGGCAUUCGCUACAAGGAGACGAUGCGCAACACCGAAGCCCCCGAUGAGGCCGUCGCUUCAUCUACCUCUCGCCAACUGCAACUCUCGUGCCAUAUUGACAAGGACGUUACUUACAUGAUGGCCGGCCUUGAGCGUGCCCUCAAGGAAGAAAUCACCAAGCACAGCGAUACCCUUGGUCGCGAUGCUGUUUACGAAAAGUCAGCUCAGAUUGACCGCCUUCCUGAGUUUCUAACCGUCAACUUUGUUCGCUUCUACUUCAAGCGCUCAGCGGGCGAGAACUGCAAGAUCCGCAAAGAGGUCAAGUUCCCGCUGGUUUUUGACGCCUUCCAGCUGUGCUCGGCUGAGCUCAAGGAAAAGCUGGCACCUGCCCGGGCCCAUUUCGAUGAGCUUCGCGACUGGGAAGCAGAACAAGCCGCCGCCGCUGCCGGCAAGCGCAACAAGUCGGAAACCGUGUCUGACGACUCCGACGAUACCUGGCCCACCAGCUUCGAGGAUGAUCCUGGCAGCAACAACUCGGCAUACUAUGAGCUCAAGGCUGUCCUGACGCACAAGGGCCGCUCUUCAAACUCGGGCCAUUACGUGGCGUGGGUCAAGCAAGAUGACGGCUCUUGGCUUCUCUUUGACGACGAUAAGGUCUCAGUCAAAAAGCCCGAGGACAUUCUGGCGCUCUCCGGCAGUGGCGGAGCUGAUUGGCAUACCGCGUACAUGAUGUUGUACGCGGCACAGCCUUGCCGCAAAGUGCCUCCAAAGGCGGCCAAGAGCGAUUCGAUGGAUCAAACCUCCGACAACUAA